UCCAAUUGCACAAAUUUUUUAUUGCAAAUAUACAGUGUGGCUACACUUAGUAAUAACGCGCUGCAUAGUUUGUCAUUGUGUUAUUAUAUUCUCCGGACUUGUAAUCGAUUUUAACGUUUCUUUCACUUCUCAAGACUUAACCAUGAAAAUUGAAACUGAAGAAAUUGAUGAAACCAUUAUCACUCUUGAUACAUAUAAUUCUGAUCUGAAUUUAGUUAUUGCUGGAUCAUUAUUCUCAGCUCACCCUUUGACAGAUGAAGGGUUUGCAUUCAUGUGGGCUGGUGCUCGUGCUACUCACGGAACAUCUAAAGGGAAAUUUUGCUUUGAAGUUAAAGUACUUGAUCAUCUAGAUGUUUCUCAUUUACCUGCGGAUGAACCUAAUCCUCAUGUUGUGAGAGUUGGUUUUUCUGUUGAAAGUUCAUCAUUACAAUUGGGUGAGGAUCCUCUUUCAUAUGGUUAUGGUGGGACAGGGAAAAUAUCAACUAACUGUCAGUUCAAAGACUUUGGCCAAUCUUUUAUAUGUGGCGAUGUCAUUUUAGCUGUUUGUAAUAUGGAUGGAGACCAAGUUCAACUUGGAUUUGCUAAAAAUGGAAAAUUCCUAGGCUGGGCUUAUAAAAUAAAUAAAAGUGAGCUUAAAGGAAAAGCAUUAUUUCCUCAUGUUUUAACAAAAAACACAGCAUUUGAAGUUAAUUUUGGACAAAAGGAAAAGCCCUAUUUUCCUCUGCCUGAUGUAGUCAAAGAUUAUAUUUUCAUUGGAUGCUUGCCAUUAGAACAAAGAGAAAGUGGCACUAGACCACCGAAAAGGAAGGCAGAUUGUGAAAUGAUAAUGAUGUGUGGCCUGCCUGGAGCUGGCAAGUCUGUUUGGGCUGCAGAUUAUUCUGUAAAACAUCCAGAAAAGAAAUAUAAUAUUUUAGGCACUAAUAAUAUUAUUGACAAAAUGAAAGUAAUGGGUUUGCCACGCAAAAGAAAUUAUGCUGGUAGAUGGGAUGUUCUUAUUCAAAUGGCUACUAAAUGCUUGAACAAAAUGUUUGAAAUUGGAUCAAAUCUUAGGAGGAACUACAUAUUGGACCAGACAAAUGUUUAUCCUUCUGCUCAAAGACGAAAAAUGCGCAACUUUGAAGGCUUCAAACGGAUUGCAGUUGUUAUUGUUCCAACAGAUGCCGAAUACAGAAGACGUUGCGAUAAAAGAGAUAGAGAAGAGGGCAAGGAUGUUCCUGAUCAGGCGGUAUUGGAAAUGAAAGCAAAUUUUAAGUUGCCUGAAGUUGGCGAUGUUUUUGAUGAUGUCAUAUAUACUGAAUUACAGAAAGCAGAAGCAGAGAAACUUGUUGCUCAGUAUAAUGAAGAAGGCAAGGCUGCUGUUGGUCCUGCUCGAAAACAGUUUAAACCAAGUGAUCAACAGUCAGGAUAUGGAAACAAUCGUGGAAACAUGACAAUGCGAGGGGGCUUUUCUUCUCGUGGAGGCUUUGAUUCUGGACGUGGGGGUUUUGAUUCUAAUCGUGGUGGUUAUGAUAAUGGCAGAGGUGGAUUUAGAGGUGGUCGUGGUGGAUUUGGAAACAAUCGUGGAAGUUUUGAUAAUAAUAGAGGUGGAUUUGAUGGUAAUAAAGGUGGAUUUGAUGGUAAUCGUGGUGGCUAUGAUUGGGGGCGAGGUGGUUUCAAUAACAAUCGUGGUGGUAGAGGGGGAUAUGAAGGUGGCAGAGGUGGUUAUGAUGCAAUUCGAGGAGGUUAUGAAGGCAAUAGAGGUGGACAUGGCAGCUUUGAAGAAGGUAGAAUUGGAUAUGAUGGUGGGCAUGGUGGCUUUGAAGAAGGUCGAGUUGGAUAUGAUGGUGGAUUCAAGGGUGGUUAUGAGAAAAGUAGAGGUGGCUUUGAAAGUGGUCGUGGAGGCUAUAGUGGGAGUCGUGGAGGCUAUGAUGGUGGACGCGGUGGCUACAAUAACAGUCGUGGAGGCUAUGAUUCUAAAAGGGGAUUAGAUGAGGGCCCUCAAAGGUUUGAUAGAUUGCAAGGUGCUGGAGAUUCUCCCGGUGGUUUUGGGGGUAAUACCCAAAGUAAUUAUGGUGGGUAUGGUGAAAGUUCUGCAGGUUUUGGAAAUAAUUCUAGAGGUUUUGGCUCAAGGGGAACUGGUAGAGGUAGGGGGGAUUUUGGUCGAUCAUCUGGUAAUCAAGAUAAUUUUGGGAAUAGAGAUUAUGGUUAUGGUGGUGAUAAAUCUGGAUCUUAUUUUGGAAGUAAUUAUGGACAGGAACCAGCUCUUGGAGCUUAUGAUAAAGGUGGUCCAGCUGCUAGCAGAGGAUUUCGGGGAGCUUCUCGGGAUAUGCCUCAUGGAGCAAUUUCUCGUGGUGGUAAUGCCAGUUCUAGGGGGAGUAUUCGAGGAGGUUAUGGUAGCAGUGACUAUGAUCGUGAUUCAUCAGAUAAUUACAGUAGUGGAUAUGGUGGAUAUCAAGAACCAUAUUCUAGGAGAGAUGCACCUUAUGGAUCGCAAGGGGUAUUCAAGAAGGAACCAGUAACUGAAGCUGCUCCAGUCCGUGGAACACGUGCUGGUGGGAAAGCAACAAGAUGGUCUGCUGAAAUUACACCUUCAUUCCCUGACAGAACAGUUCAAGCUGCGGGUUCAUAUUCUACCUAUGAGCCACAAAUAAAAACUGAACCACCAGCAAGCGGUGGUGUUCCCAGGUAUGACAGUUUCAAGAGUAAUGCUACUUCUAGUUAUUCAACAUAUGUUACACCAAAUCAAUCUAACCAAGGCUUCCAAGGAUCAUCCCAGUCAUAUGGAUAUCAAUCAGGUGCAACUACAAAUACUGCAUCUCAACAGUGGAGUGGUACUCAACCUAGUACAGGAAGUGUGCAGGGUUCCCAAGCAGCUCCAGGUCAACAACAAUGGUCUCCAUAUUAUCAACCAUCUCAAUCUAGCCCGCAUUAUAAUCAAUAUUAUGGACAACCAGCAACUGGAGCUGCUCCACCUUAUGGCAAUGUAUAUGGUGCAAAGUAAAAUAUAUUCAUUCGAAUGUACAGACAUUUUUAUUAUUUCUUAUUUGUUUUUGACCGCUGUAUCGUAUUAGAGUUAUUUACUUCCAUUAAGUACUUUUGCUGGAAAUUUUUACUAGCAAGCAUAUUGCUCGUGUAAUUUUUUGAACCCUCCCUCGAUAAGGUCAUUAUCACUCUCCAUUAUCCUUAAUUACACGAUCCCAAAUGGAAACUUGCACAAUUGUUAUAACGAUGGUUAAAAUUUUUAAUGUUAUGCAUUACUUAAGUUACAUAUGUGUUUUUUUCUUAUUGCUAAUAUUUUCAAGAUUUAUUUUAUUAAAGGACCUGGAGAAAAGAAAGUUUCUAAAAGUAUUGUCACUUUAUAUAUCAUCACAUGAUUGUAUUAUUAAACUUUCUUAAUAGCUGAUUUGAAAAUUGUUGGAGCUAUUGGUUAUAAUUCACUGUGGUGUGAACUGCAGUUUUUAAAAAGUUAAAUUUUGAAAUCUUUGGUUAUUAAAAUUGAAUGUUACAUUUCUGUUUUGAGCUUGUUUUCAAUUAUUCUAUUUUGUAUAAAAUGUUUGUCUAGCUGGAUUGAAACAGAAAUUUUUUACCAUGAAGUAUUUUUUCAGCUUAUGACUGAAUAUUAAGCUGACCUUUUAGAUAUUGAAAAAAUUAAAGCAUUAAGCUGUUAUGGAUUUUAAAAGAUUAUUUUAAAAUACCUAUUUAUUACGAUUCUGUGUUAGAAUGAAUUCAUAUUUCAACUCUUUGAAAAUUGUCCAUUCAACUUCUGCUCGUUUUAGUUUUAUGCAGGAUUUAAUUGUAGUGUAUGAUUUUAUUACAUAUACUAUUUCAUAAUUAAAUAAGUAGACUUGUGUAUUGGUGGCAUUUCAGAUUGAGACAGAAUAUCAUUUUGAAAUAAAUCUGAAAACGUGCUAUCGUGAUACUUGUCUUUGCUUAUGCUUAUAAAUAACAAAUGAAUUAAUGAUAUUUGUCUUGCUAAUAUUUAAAGCUAUUUAGCAUUAUAGGAAUAAAAUUCCUGGGCUGUGACUAUUUUUGUUAAGCAUAAAAAUAAUUUAUAUAUUGAUUUUUUGUUGCAAUGGGUAUUCCUCUUUAAUUGCAAACUGAAAAUUUAAAAAAAAAAUGUUAAAUUAUUAAUUGCUAUGAAGUUUUCUAGUAUAUUAAAAAAAAUUAUUUGGAGCAAAUGAUAUUAAAACACAAUGCGAUAUAUAUAUAUAAUACACACACACACAAAACCAAAUAAUUUUCUGUAUACAUAUUGCCAUUAAAUGUCUGUGCUAUUCAGUCUCUGGGAAUGCAUUUUGAUGACUUCGAUUUGCAGCAUUUGCAUAAAUUGAGUUAAAAUUUAUUUCCACUUUUAGAGAAAAUCAUAAUUAUGUCCAUGAUUGUGUAAAAUUGUCAUUUGAGUAUUGUAUAUACACAAACACCCAUAGAUUU